AUGGGCCACGGUAAUUCAAACAAGCUUUACGUCACGCAUGCAGAGCAUUCUGGGUUAUUCGGUCAGCACACGGCCUCUUCAGCAGGUUUCAAGGCGAAGAAUCAGGGGCCUCCUCCCUCAGCGAGCACCCCAUUUGACUGCUGUGCUCUGUCAUUGCAACCCUUCACACAUCCUGUAUGCGCUCGCAAUUCAGACGGAACGGGUUUCGUGUUCGAUUUGGUGAACAUUAUACCGUGGCUGAAACAGCACAAGAACACAAAUCCAAUAACGAAGGAGCCAUUAGUCCCCGAGGAUCUCAUUACUCUGCACUAUGCCCACAAGCCUACCGGGGAAAUCCAUGAUCCCAUAUCUUUCAAGCCCUUCAGUGAGCACUCCCACAUCGUGGCCAUUGCAUCUACAGGCAACGUCUUCCUUGCGGAGAGCAUCAAGGGUGGUCGCGACCUCGUCGCUGACGUUAAAUUUAAGAAGGAGGAAGUUAUAAUCCUUCAAAAUCCACAUGGCUUACCUUCUGCGUCCGUUGCAGCGCCUGCAGCGAAGACCACAUCAUCUGAGCAGACGAAAACGGUUGCAACCAAACCGAGUGCAAGUGCAUCGACUGCGCCAACAGUCAAAAAGGCACCUGUUCCUUGGAAUAUUUCGCCGUAUUCGACAGGGCUUCCCGGUGCGUCGCUGACUUCCACGUCUGUUGAUCCGCAAACUGCAAGUUCCCAGCUUGCCUGGGACGAGGAGGAGUUGAUGUUUGACGAUUUCGCGAAUCCGCCCAAGGGCAAGGGCAAGGAGAAGGAUCUUGGGAGACGUCGCGCCUACGUGCGCGUUGUUACUAGCCUCGGCGGCAGUCUUAACAUGGAGUUAUUCUGCGAAAAGGCUCCGAAGACUUGCUAUAAUUUCCUACAACUGGCAAAAGCCGGGAAGUACAAUGACUGUUUGUUCCAUCGACUCGUGCCUGGAUUCAUGAUUCAAACCGGUGACCCGACCGGUACUGGUUCAGGAGGCACAUCAUGCUGGGGAACCCCAUUCAGGGACGAAUAUGACAUGAGAAAUGCUGCGAAGCACGACGCGCGUGGUACUGUAGCUAUGGCUAACAAGGGUUCCGGGACAAAUGGCUCACAAUUUUACAUCACGUUCCGCGAGACACCGAAUCUAGACAAGAAGCAUACCGUCUUUGGGAAGCUUGUCGGUGGUGAAGAAGUUCUCGACACUUUAGAAUCGAUCCCAGUGAAACCAGGAACUGAUCGACCUGUGAAGUCUGUCCGCAUCACCGAAGUCGUUAUACAUCAGGAUCCCUUUGAGGAAUACAAAACUCGCCAGCAAAAGAAGAUUGCACGCAGAGCUGAGGCCGAACAGAACGCACGUACUGGUAAGGUUGUUGAAAAGAAGGAUGGAGAUGAUGUGAAUUGGUUUGGCAUUAAGGUGGGUUUGGAAAGCACAGCUGUGGGAGGCAAUUCGGGGGGAGGUGUUGGAAAAUAUUUGGGCUCAGGUGGUGGCACAAAGAGAGCGGCUUCACACCAGCCAUUGAUAUCCACUCUAGAUCCAGAAGUACCGGAGGAGGGCAAGAAGAGACGGAAAAUAGGGUUUGGCGACUUCGAAGCAUGGUAG